AUGCUUCUUUCAGCAGAUCCCUUCCCGGAGAUGUCCCUGGGUGGAGUGGCGGAGAGUGUCUUCCCCAGCCAGACCACCUGCCUGCCGCCCCUCACCUAUGGCCGCUUCUCGCUGGAGCCGGCGUCCUUGUUGUCGUCAAGCGGCGUCAACAGUACCCUGCUGUGGCCCGAGCCCCUCUUCAGCCUGGUGAGCGGCCUGGUGGGCAUGGCCAAUCAAGCGCCCCCCUCCUUCCCGGAGGUGUUGAGCCAGCCCUUCCCCAGCCCGUCGGGCUCCUCGCUGCAGUUUGCGCUGCCCGCCUACCUGCCGGUGGCCAAGGGCUCCUUCCAGCUGCCCAUCAUCCCGGACUACCUGUUCCUGCAGCAGCUGCCGGUGCAAAGUGAGCUGGGCAGCCUGGAGCAGAAGCCCUUCCCCAGCCCGCCGCCCUCGCUCACACCGCUCUCCACCAUCAAGGCCUUUGCAACGCAGAGCAGCAGCGGUGGCGGGGGGCAGCAGGAGCACAAGAGCGUCUUCCUUGCCGACCCAUUGUCAUGCGGGGGGGCGGGCGAAGAGACGGUGGUGGCCAGGACGCGCGGCUUGAGCUUUUGA